CCCUGUUUGAAUGAACAGUAUUAAGGAGAUUAAACAGAUGGUUAGGGUAAGUUAUCAUGUAUUAAGUAUUGGUUAAAAAAAUACAAAACCCCUUCUUCAGUGGAGAUGGUUUCUCGAAUUAUUUGUAUGUAGCAUUUAGCCUAGAUCUGUACUCUCUUGACCUAGAAACAAAAUCCAACUAGUCAGAGGCCCCACUUAGCUCCACCCAAAACACCUGCUGGUGAUGACGAGGCGACACCGGGCGUGGCGGAGAGGUGGAGGCAGUUUGAGCAGAGGGGGGGGGGGGGGUCAUUGAUACAAAUGAAAGCCCAGAACGUGCGGUGGUUUAAGUCUCCUCCAGGUGAGCACAUUGGUAGGUGUCUCAGGCGACUCGGGCAGCGUCGGAACAAUGAGGAAAUACUGGUGGAGCGGUUUGACGGGCCUGGUGUUUGGGAACCCUGACACAAGCGAUCAGCAGACCGUCCAUGGGACACAGAAGACAGACACGCACGUGGGCAGCGGGGAUGAGAACGUGGAGCGGGGCAACUGGAGCAGUAAGAGGGAGUACAUGCUCUCCAUGGUCGGCUAUGCCGUGGGUCUGGGUAACGUCUGGAGGUUCCCCUACCUCACCUACAAGCACGGUGGAGGGGCGUUUCUCAUCCCAUACAUCAUCAUGCUGGUGGUGGCAGGAAUCCCGCUCUUCUUCCUGGAGAGCUCUCUGGGUCAGUUCACCAGCCAGGGACCCAUCAACGUGUGGCGGGUAGUGCCCAUACUACAGGGUCUUGGAGUCACGAGUGUAAUUGUGAGCACGCUGGUGUCUAUCUACUACAAUGUCAUCAUCGCAUACAGCCUCUUCUACCUGUUCUCAUCGUUCCAGUACCCGCUGCCCUGGAGCUGUGCUUCCUGGUACGGAGAGAACUGCACCGUUUCUCAGCAAGCAGUUUGCAAUGUGAGUGUAAGCAUCAAUGAAAGCCUGCUGUUCCUGAACUCAAGCCUGAGCUAUGAGAACUGCAGCGAGUCGGACGUCCCCACCCUGCCUGCAAAAAGUUCCAGUGAACAGUACUGGGAUGAGCGGGUUCUGCAGCGCACCCCCUCCAUGGAUGAGACGGGGCCGGUCGUCUGGCACCUGGCCUUGUGUCUGCUCCUGGCAUGGAUUUUGGUGGGCGCGGCCCUCUUCAAAGGCAUCAAGUCCUCUGGGAAGGUGGUGUACUUCACAGCCAUUUUCCCCUAUGUGGUGCUGGUGAUCCUGGUCAUCACCGGGGCGAUCCAGGAGGGCGCCAGAAACGGCAUAGACUUCUACAUCGGCACACAGUCCAACCUCACCAAGCUGGCGGAGGCUGAGGUGUGGAAAGAUGCGGCAUCACAGAUCUUCUUCUCGCUGUCCAUCGCGUGGGGCGGAGUGACGGCCCUGUCCUCCUACAACCGCUUUCACAACAACUGUUACCAGGACGCCAUCAUCGUGUGCGUUAUCAACUGUGCCACGAGCGUCUUCGCGGGGUUCGCCAUCUUCUCCAUCCUCGGACACAUGGCUCACGUCUACAACAAGUCUGUGGACGAGGUCGCUGAUGCAGGAUUUGGGCUGGCCUUCAUAGCCUACCCCGAAGCCCUGUCCCAGCUGCCAGUGUCUCCUCUCUGGUCUAUUCUUUUCUUCUUCAUGCUGCUCACCCUCGGCCUGGACUCCCAGUUCGCUGGCAUCGAGGUCAUCACGACGUGUCUAACGGAUGCCUGGCCGUCGUUCUUUAAGUCCAGGAGGAGCCUCGUGACUGUUGGAGUGUGUGUUGUCCUCUUCCUGCUCGGACUGCCCUGCGUCACAGGGGCCGGAAUAUACUGGGUCACUCUGAUUGACCACUUCUGUGGGGGAUGGGUCCUCCUGUUUGUCGGACUGUUGGAGCUCAUUGGGCUCUCUUACAUCUAUGGACUGAACCGCUUCACCCAGGACAUUGAGAUGAUGAUCGGUACCAAGAGCACCACCUUCUGGCUGUGGUGGAAAUCCUGCUGGUUCUUCAUCUCCCCUGCGGUAAUCCUGGUGAUCCUGAUCUGGUCCCUGUGUACCCUCACACCCCCUACCUACGGCUCGGUUCCCUACCCAGACUGGGGGGUGUCUCUGGGCUGGUGUAUCACGGCCUUCUGCCUCAUCUGGAUCCCUAUCGUGGCCGUGUGGAAAGUAGCCGCCGCGUCUGGCAGCCUCUGGCAGCGUGUGAAGACGACCUGCAGGCCCACAGACAAGUGGGGGCCUUUCCUGGAGUGUCACCGGGGGGCGCGCUAUGGUGACCAGCGCCAUGGUGACGAGCGCUAUGGUGACGAGCGCCAUGGUGACGAGCGCUAUGGUGACGAGCAGCCACACCGGAGGAGGAAGAGUGUGGAGAUGCACUCUGACGUCUUCUUCAUCUCCAACCACAACACCCGCUUGUGAUCACCGCUACCAAAGCCAAAGAACUUUAUAAAUGAGGAUUUUAUAAGUUUUUUAUGUUGUGAUUUAAUAUAAUGUUUACUUUUUAUUCACAAGUCAUUUGUUUAUUGUAGCACGCAGGGGAGGUGACAUGUCCUCUCCGUGCUUGUGGAGAAACCUCCUGAAGGAUGAGAGCGAGCCAUGGGACCAAUCAGAUGGUUUAAAUGAACAAUGAUGUGUCCUAGGACCAAUCAGAUGGUUUCAAUGAACAAUGAUGUGUCCUAGGACCAAUCAGAUGGUUUUAAUGAACAAUGAUGUGUUCUAGGACACUUAUGAGAUUUCCAUGAAAUGAUUAGCACUGUGUGUAUAUGUGUGUUUUUAUUCAUCUGUCCUGAUGUGGUGAUGUGCUCCUGCUGAGCAGAUUAUCGGUAGUUUACACAAAUGUUUUAUCUUUUUUUUUAUAGAUAUAUAUUUAAUUUGAAUUUUUUUCAAAAGCAUGGUCAGGCUGUGAACACUGUGCUGUGCAAUAUUUAAUAUGCAGAUUUAUUGCACUGUUGAUGCAAAAGUCUAUUCGGUGGGAAUUGUACUUUGCCAAAAACCGAUUAAACAGUUUUAUGGAAUAUUCCAUAGCCUAAA